UCGAAAGACGUAUUGCUGUCGUUACAGCUAAACGCAAGUUGUGGCAGGACGGUGUCUACGGGAAGGCACUUAUUUUAAAUUCAGUUUAACGUUAAAUAAAACAGUGAGUAACAGACAGUUACUCCCCGAGCUGCACGAGAUGAAGUUUGUCUCGUGAACGGUUGAUGUGGUUCAAUGUGUCAGUUUAGUUAGUGUGAGUGACGUGGGUCAACAUGAAGCCGCCUCCCCGUAAACGAACUAAACCAACACGAAACCUGAGUUAUGAACCUUUACCGCCUUCACGUGGAAAGUCCUCUCAGUGGCAGCAGGUGGAACAGAAGAAUCUCCUGAAAGCCCUGAAAAGACUCGGCAAGACAACAUCAGCCCAGGGGGACAUCGACUAUGAUUUCCUGAAAAAACACGUGCCUACUCGGUCCAUUUCUGAGAUCCAGUCUGUGGUGGAAUAUCUGAAGGGUGAAGUGAUCUCACUGGCGAGCAUCAAGCUGCUCAAGAAGAGAUGGGAGGAGAAGAAGGACAGAAAGCCCAUUGAGGAGUGGACAUACAUGGCCUCUGCUAUGGCUGGAACCCUCGAAGAACCAAUUUCUACUGCUUUCUCUCAGAUGCUGAUAGUGUCGUCCACAGAGCCUCGCACCCUGAGGAAUUGCGACCCUCCCCAGGUCUACAGACCACCCACAGAUGAAGACAGGCCUGUUGGUCGCACCAUCACUUUCAGACCAAUGCCUCGUUUACCGGUCAAGGCUGAGCGUCCUGGCACCAACACAGCCCCUCCUGGCACAGUACUCAAAACUCCAGCACCAGCCAUGGGCCCAGUCAGAAGUAAAUUAGUAAUUAGAGUGCCCAUUGGCAAAAUGCCUCCACCCCAGCAAAAGCCAUCUACCACAGCUGGAGCCAUCUCCAUCUCUCAGUCUGCUGCCCUCCCCACCUCUCAGUCUGCUGCCCUCUCCACCUCUCAGUCUGCAACCACCUCCACCUCUCAGUCUGCAACCACCUCCACCUCUCAGUCUGCUGCCACCUCCACCACCUUUACCUCUCAGUCUGCUGCCACCUCCUGCCAGCGGGGUGCAGCAGAAAUGCUUGUCGCACCUUCUACAUCCUCACAGACUGAGACUGUAGUAAAAGGACAAGUCACAUCAAGUUCUGGCUCUGCUGCUGUGCUAAAGACUGACAGCACUGGCAGCUCUCUAAACCAGACUACCCAGCAGCCCUCAGAGCAACACUUCACCACCCUCUCCACCACCUCAGCUUCAAAUUCCACUUCAUCUGGUCCUCACACGCUCCCCACCUCCUCUGCCACCUUCCAAACUCCAGUCCCUAGUACUGCACCAUCCUCUGGUGCCCCCUCCACUCACCCCACACCCACACUCUCCACCUCUGCCGCAGCAUUUCAUGCCAAGUUUGGUCGCACCAGCAAAUACGCCACAGAAGACAGUCCCAGGAUGUUUGGCGUCAAGAGUGUAGUAGACUUUGAGAGGAUCUAUCGCUACCUGAGUGCCAUCCACAAGCCGAAUGAGGACUGCCAUCUUACCCCCAUGGAGAGUGCUAUAGUGUUGGACCUGUUAAUGUCUCUCCCAGAGGAGCUCUCCCUGCUGGACUGCAACAAACUGCACAAGCAUCUCAUAAAGGUGUACCGAUUUGCCUCAUCCACUGCUGACUCCAAGAUGGCAGACAAAAUGCUAAAAGACCUUAAGAAUGAACUCUGUACUCACACAGAAGCACCGAGCAGUCAAAGCAGCAAUGGAACAAACGUUGGGCAGAACUCUGCUGCAACUGCUGACAGCGGUGACAUCACGGACAGUGGAGGGAAGAAACAGCAGCCAGAUGAAGCUGAGAGCCAGUCAGCAGGGAGCAGUAACGCACUCAGCCACCCCCCCCUCAACCCUUUUAUGGUGCCACUGAAACUGCUGAUGCGCAAAUAGGUCCACUUCGAAGAGUAUCAAACUAAUGUGUAAUGGUUUAUAUAGAAUGCUUUAGUUAUGUGUAUGUUCUAUAAUAAUAUAUUAUUUUUAUACUCAUUCCAGAGAUGAGCCCCAGAUUAUUUGCUAAUUGUUUGUCUCAGAGGUUACUGGGCUGGGUGUAGAACUUGUGUACCCCCCAGAAGCUCCAGAGUUGAAUAUCUGCUCAGAUUCAGUCUUGUUUUCUUAUUCUCUGAUCAGAUAGUUUCUCAUUUAAAUUGUUUUGUCAGUUUCAGACUUUUCAGUUUUAUUGUUCAGUUUCUAAGACAGCAUUAAACACUGAUUAAACUCUAGAAACCAAUGGCUCUAUAUGAAUGCAGAUUCUUUAGCCAAGAGGACAAGAUUUUGAUAUCAGAAGCGUUCUGGUCUCAGUUUGUAGUCUGAGUGCUAUUGACCAAUCAUGUUUGAGUGGGCUAUGGUCGCCUGCAGGUAAACAAAACCUGCUCUGUUUCGGUGUGCUAGUGCACUGCUUAACAUGUAAGGACAGAGUCGGGGACUUAAAUUAGGUCAGUUUUUGACUGCCUGCAUGCCUUAAGGGGAAAAUCUCUUAGAGUGUGUCUCAAAUUGCAUACUUAGUUGCAUAUUUGGUUAGUACACUUCAAUGUAGUACACUGUGUACACUACGUACUUCUUGUGUGGUGCACUAAUUUCAGCAAAGUAGUGUUGUCUCUAAUCGCGCACUGACUGCCCUUAGCACAUUAGCUAGCAAACUAAUGUUAGCACUUUAUUAUUGUUCGUGAUACCAAAUCAUUACAGACCCAACAAACAUUACUGACAGCUUCUGUGCAACAACAUUGGUACUUAGUGCAAAAACCCUUUUAACUAACAGGCUCCUUGUUGUCCCCAGCCUCAUUUCAAAAGCUUCCACUACGUCACAAAGACGUUUGGACCAUUUUGAGUGCCCCAGAAGUACACUGCAUUUUCCAGAACCAUGCAGUGUGAUCGCAGAUGCACUUGUGCACUGAAAAUAUCAAGUGUUUAAUACAGAAUUAUGUGAUUUGAAUUGAGACACACUGCUACAGUAGCAUUAUGAUAACUGUACUUGUAUUAUAUGAUGGUGUGUCAAGCUAGGACUGUUCAUUAGCCUGCACUGGUUGAGUUGUUUUGAUUUAGCGAACGCUAGCUAGUCGCGCAGCUGCUAUAAAAUCUCCACACAUGCAGUUAACUCACUAUCUCUGCUUUAAGCAGUAAGAGUUGGGGACAAGCAAGGAUUGUAAAUAGAAUACCCCCAGAUAAGGGUGCUCCAAUUGAUUGGCCUUCUGUGGUUAUUGGCAGAUACUCAUUCUCAAUGGUUUGAAGGCUAAUCAGUAGAACUGAUCAAUAACUCUCUCUGAUGAUGCUACAUUAUGAACAACAAAUCAGCGUUGACAUCAGCAGGAGAGCUAGUGAACCGCUGUAAGCAGCUGUCUGAUGGAGGUUGCAUCAAGUUAUGUUAUGAUGCAUUCAAGCUCUAUUCAGUGAAAAUGAGUAUUUAGUAAAGGUAAAUUGGAACAUUUUCAUGAUGUGUUUGAAUUCAAUCUUGAAAAAUGUAGCUUUGGGUGACAAACUUGAAUAAAUGCAGCUGUUUGAGGGA